GAAGCCAACGGCGAUUACGACGAUUCGCGCGCGGGCGGCGGCGGCGCGGCGGCGCGCUCUGCAGUGCCACGGGGCGAGGGGUUCUGGCGGCCGGGGGCGCGGACAUCGGCGGCGCUCCAACACAGCAGCCGUCGAUCGGGGCAAGCCGACGCGGCGACGCGGGCGGCGAGGGCACGGUCAGGCCAGUGCGCGGCGGCCUGCGUCCCCGCUUUUUCUGUGCUCACCUCCAGUCUUCGAGGUUAGGCGGCAACGUCAACACUGUACAUCAUCCAUUAGGAGAAGAGAACCGCUCGCGGUGAUGGCGGCCACCGGAGAGGGAGCCGAGAGCUCCGCCGCCGGCGAGCGGCAGAGCGUGUCCUUCGCUCGGGGUGGCCCGUUGUUCGUUCCCUUCAUGGUGGGACCCAUCUCCAACGCCUCAGGGUUCAUGCACUCCGCCAUCCAGGAGCUCCAGUCCUUGGAAGCUGAAUUGGGAGACCCUGGCGACGAAUUCGACGAUGAGCUUUGUGUCGAUGAGCUGAGGGUGCUCUCCGAGGAGGAGCUGGUGGAGCGCGCCCUCCAGGAGGCUAUGGAGGAGGACUUGGAUUCUGGCACUCCACCACAACCAGAGGAGCAAACGCUUGAUGAAGGGAUGUCAGCGAAUCCGACCCCAAGAAAUGAGAGCCUCACAUCGAGCCCAUCAGCUGAAAGAGAGAGCUCUAGAUUCCCUGGUGAGGAUACAGCAGUAAUAUUACAUGAGCCUGAAAGCACCAAUGGUAAACCCAGAGGCAAUAAGGUGAAAACUAGAUCCAGGAAGGGGAAAACUGCAACCGUCACAUUAGAUUCAUCGGCUGAAAGAGAGAACCAAGGAUCACCUAGUGAUAUGGCAAUUGUACCAUAUGAACCAGAAGGCAGUGAGGGAAAUGGAAGGACCACUUCAGAUCCAUCUGCUCAGAACAGGGUCUCUGAAUCACCUGUUGAUGGUUUGUCAAUUGUUCCACUUGAUCCAGAGGGAAUUAAUGGACAAACAACAUGUGAAAAGGGCAAAAAGAGAGGCAGACAUUUUGAUAGAGAGGUUCGAGCAAAGAUUUUACAAGGAAGCUAUCUUACUAAAGUAGACAAGUGGGUAGAAAUCAAGGUCAAGCAAGACGAAGACAAAUUUGCAACAAGGCUGCACUCUUUCAGUGGUGAUUCUGUGAAGUCUAAAGGCUCCAAGACAUCAUCUGAGAAAAUCGAAAUGACGACAUCUCUUAAAUUAGUCGGUGCUCCUUGGAAGAACAAAUCUUUAAGAUCUGACGAGCACAGGCCUGUGGUCCAUCCAGAUGUAAUUCUUUGUGUCGAAAUUUAUCAGAAGAAAUAUGGAUCUGUGAAGUGCCAGGAACUUCUUGUGUUGGGAAGCCAGUACCUUACUAAUCUGAGGGACAACAUUUGUUGUUUGACUGAUAAGCUGACAAUGGUGGCUGGACAACACGAUCAUUCUGGAUAUUUCCUUAUUGAGGACACGUUCUACAACGACACGAGACAUCCUUCUGCCACUGAUUACAGUAAACCCAUACUUGAUUGGCUUCAGAAUUCCAGUGGUGAGGUUGCAGAGAAGUGGGAUGCCAUAACAUCUGGUGUUUUGAAGAAACGGCAGAAGGAUCUACUGAGGGGUUUGAAUAUUCCUAACGUGCCUGAAUUUAAAUCAGAAAGAAUGCAAACAACUCGUUUCUCUGACCUGCACUUCCGGCCUGGUGCUGGGUACCUCUACUGCCAUCAGGGGAGCUGCAAGCACACGAUCGUGAUAAGGGACAUGAGGUUGAUCCACCAGGAGGACUCGCAGAACCAAUCAGAUUACCCUCUCCAGACGUUCCAGUUGCAGAAGCGCUUGCAGAAGUGCUCGGUGUGCCAGAUCUACCCUGCCACCAAGAUGACGGUCGACGACAAGUGGGCGCUGAACAACCCCUGCUAUUUCUGCAUCAAAUGCUACUACCUCCUGCACUACAAGGAGGACAACACGCUGCUGUAUCAGCACACCGUAUAUGAUUUCAUCCAAGAGUAACAUCUCUCUUCUUUUUUGGGGUGGGAAAUAGUCUAUUCUAUGCUACACUAUACUGUACAUUUCUUCGCCGCAGAGGGAUCCAUGUCGACUUGGUACAUUUUUCUGAGUUUGGCUAUAGACCUAUGAUGAUGACUCG